CAUUAGUAUUUUCAGAACUCAUCCAAAAUGGAUCUCGCAUGCUACCAUGGCAACCUGUCCAAAAAAGAGGGCGAGAACCUUCUGGUCCAGCGAGGGAAAAAUGGAAGUUAUUUGCUGAGGGACAGUGAAUCUGUUGCUGGAGCCUUUUGUCUGUGCAUUUUAUUUGGAAGACUGAUUUACACAUAUAGGAUAACGCAAGAAAAAAAUGGGCUUUACAUGAUUCAGACUGCAGAAGGAGUAAAGAAACAGAUGUUCCCAAAUCUUAAAGGUCUUAUAGCUAAUUAUGAGAAGCCAAGCCAAGGCCUGAUACACCAUCUUCUUUAUCCUGUAAAUAAAGAAAAUUCAUUGCAGAUUUCCUUGGACUCUAUGAGUGGAAUCAAUUCUUCUAUAUAUGACACAUAUGCAGAGGUGGAUGAGCGUGACUAUGUUCAAGUCUUGCCCUCUUAAGCUGCAUUUUACGCAAGUUCUACAUUACUAAAAAGGUGAAAUGUUUACAUAAGAUAUUUUUUGUUAUACAUACAUCAAUUUAAAAGAGAAGACAUGCAUUUAUAUAAGUUAGUACCCCUGGAGAGGCCUUGUUCCCCCCUCCCAAACUGCAUUACUACAGCCUCUCAAAAGCCCCAUUUUCCUUACCCAUUCAGAAAAGGCCGAAUAGCACAGGGUUUGGUGGGGGCCAUCUUGUGAUGCUUGACGUUCUCUUCCAGUCAUGAGCAUGUGAAAGCCAGGUCUGGAUCAGACUCAUCUGUAUCUGCUCAUAAGAUCAGGGAAAGAGAACAUCAAGCUGGGAACUACGAUACACUGUUUUUUCUGAACAGGUAAGGCAAAUGGCACAGUACUGGGGGUGCAGUAGAGCAGUUCAAAAGUAGGAAAGGGAAGUCUCUCCAGAGAUAUUAACUUGUCUGUACAUACUUUUUGUUCUCUUUUAGUGCUUUUACAAACAAUUAAAAUUACAUUGGGGUCAUUUACAAAUGCAACUGCAGUUGUGGUUGUGCAAAUCUUCCCAGAGUUAGCUGCAUGUAAAACCAUUUUCAUUAAAGGAGAAAGAAAGGCCACCAAAGAGUUAAUCUCAAGCUGC